AUUGAGUUGGUUUUAUAUUCUUCAGAGUUUUCAAUUGAACAAGGUGGACUGUCAGAGGAUGUGAUAAGGAAGGCAUUUGAUGCAACUGAGGAGGAGUUCUUGGACUUGGUUAAGGCAUCAUGGCCUGUCCGGCCGCAUAUUGCUUCCGUAGGUUCAUGUUGUUUGGUUGGCGUAAUUUCAAAUGGUGUUUUAUAUGUUGCUAAUCUCGGAGAUUCGAGGGCAGUUCUUGGCCGAAGAGCAUCAGAGGGGCAGGCUGUUGUGGCAGAGCGAUUGUCUACAGAUCACAAUGUUGCAGUGGAGGAAGUGAGGAAGGAGGUUCAGGAUCUUCACCCUGAUGAUGCACACAUUGUGGUGUACACUCGUGGAGUUUGGCGAAUUAAGGGCAUUAUUCAGGUACAAAAUGUGGCUUCUUUCACUUCAUUGAUCCUCUGGCCGGUCUGUAUUUCUGUAUUGAUUAACAUAUCUAAUUUUGACUUAUGUUAUGAGAAAAUUUAAUGUGUCCUGGAAUAUCAGAUGACUAUAUUGAUAACAGUUUGAUGGAAUUUCUUUUUGGCCUACUGUCUUUUCAUGAUGGUAAUAAUGUUAGUACUGAUGCUCUUCCCCAGUAUGUACCAUAUUAUGGAGUACAAAAGUAGAAAGUUUGCAAUUUUAUUUUAUUUUUUCUUUGGGGAAGUUCAAAAGAUUUUCAUUUCUAAGGGUGAGUUGUUUCAAAUCUGAAUGCGAGGUUUGGUUCCAUGAUGAAUUAGAAUCUGGGGGAACUUGUCCCCACCUGCACCUAAAUUUUUUUUGUGAAACUUUGUGAUAUGAGUAUAAUAAAAGGGGUGGAUUUGCCUUUAAUAUGUUAUUUU